GAUGGGUAGAAAGGUGAGGAGGAAUACAACAAAGUUUAAACAUAGUCGUGUGGACACUAACUGUGUUGACGAGCGGUCAUUUGAACUUUUACCGGUUCUAGCAAAGCGACAGGGACUAGUUAACCUCGUUAAAUAAGCACAGUGUGCUGCUAAUAUUUUGUUUACAUACUGUUUACGACGAGGUUAUUUCAACUUUUUGUGCUUGUCGAAACUUUGUUAUGUUUUUUUAUUGACAUUUGCUAUGAACGCAAAGCUUGCUUCGUGUCAUGACGGUGUUUUUCAUCAGUGGCAUGGGAUUUGCUAGCAGGAGAAAAGUGCCGUGGGACCGCGCGUUUGUUUCAUUUGGAAAAUCAACCACUUAAACACUGUCGGAUAUUUUAACACAUUUAUUUUUGUAAUAUCCAUGGAGUCUAUUGGGAAGUUUGAGUUCAGCAGGAAAGACCUGAUUGGUCAUGGCGCAUUUGCAGUUGUGUUCAAAGGCAGACAUAAAGAGAAACGUGAUUGGGAAGUUGCCGUGAAGUGCAUAAACAAGAAAAACCUUGGCAAGUCUCAGUGUUUGCUUGCCAAAGAAAUCAAAAUAUUAAAGGAACUGAAACAUGAGAACAUUGUUAGACUACUUGACUAUCAGGAGACUGGGGGAUGUGUGUAUCUUGUUAUGGAGUAUUGCAAUGGAGGUGACCUGGCAGAGUACCUUCAUUCUAAAGGCACUCUGAGUGAAGACACCAUCCGUGUAUUCCUGCAGCAGAUAUCACGGGCCAUGAAGGUCCUACAUAGCAAAGGCAUCGUCCACAGAGACCUCAAACCCCAGAACAUUUUACUCUGCCAUCCAGAGGGGCGCAGGUCCAGUUCCAUCAAUACCACCUUUAAGUUAGCUGACUUUGGGUUUGCGCGUCAUCUCCAGACAAACACCAUGGCAGCCACGCUGUGUGGCUCUCCCAUGUAUAUGGCUCCCGAGGUCAUCAUGUCCAGGAACUAUAAUGCCAAGGCUGAUCUGUGGAGCAUCGGUACCAUCGUGUACCAGUCUCUGACUGGAAAAGCACCAUUUUAUGCCAGCACACCACAUGAGCUUCGUCUAUUCUAUGAAAGUAACAGGAACCUGUUCCCCAACAUCCCAAAGGAGACCUCUGAUAACCUAAAACACCUGCUGUUGGGGCUUCUACGGAGGAACCAUAAAGAUCGGAUCAGCUUUGAGGAAUUUUUUAACCAUCCCUUUUUGGAAACAAGCUCAUCAACAAAGAAAUUCCCCGUGCACUCCUACCCCAGUUCUGGCUCCGGCAGCUCCUCUAGCAGCUCCUCCACAUCUCAGCUGGCCUCGCCUCAACAUUCCGAUGGAGAGAUGCACCAACCUCAGCCCAAGCUGCCUUACACCCCUGUGCAGGACAAGCCUGGCUUCCUGCAGAAAGAAACAGCUAAUCAAGAUGGUAGAUAUAUCCGACCUCUCACAGAAGAUUAUGUCUUGGUGCCUGCCCAGUUUCCCAGUGAGCAUAUAUGCGAAGUAAAUGUUGGGUCACCCCCAGAAAGUUCCCUUAAAGACCGUGGGAGCUCACCACUGGCCGAAAGGGGUGCUGGACUCACUGGAAAGACACCCCCACGCUCUCCUAUGCUGCGCUCUCCCCCGAAGCCUGUUAGCAAGCCAGCUGAAACACUUGGCAGUAACUUCAGCCCGUCUGUUCCCAUUCCCGUCCCAACUCAGAUCCAAAACUACCAGCGUAUGCAGUGUGUCGGCUCUCAUGGCUCCACCAGGGUCACGUUAUACUGUCCCGGCAGUCCCAGCAGCAGUGAAAGCCCACCACAGUAUGAAGAAUGUGGAUCUCCCAGUCCAGUCUUUACCUUCAACUCUGGAGGGAGCCAACCUCAACAGUCUUCCCCGCUGGUGGGAACAAGCCCAAAGACGUCAGAGCAGACUCUCCCACUCAGCACAAGAACUGGGCUCCUCGCUGCUUCUCCCGACAUGCAGGACAAGCCCAAGCAGCAGGUUCAGCCAAGAAUGCCAAACAGAACCAGGACAGUCCCAAACCUGCAAUCCCUUGACCCCACUUCCCAGGCCAACCUCAGCCGUAAAGCAGCAAUUAAAAAGGGCCCUUUUAAAAGAUCAGUGAGCACGGGAAGGUUAUCUGACAUGCUACUGAAGGCGGCCCUCGGAGCUCAGCUCUUUGAAGAAGGGAGAGACGAGAGCUUCAGCAGUGAGAAAAGCAUGGAGAUAACAGCACCCCCUGCUGGCUGUCAUGGAGUUUUCCGGUGCUCAGACAGCCCAGUUCCUAUGAUUUUCACUAUGGGCUCUCCAUCCAGUGGAAACUCACCUCCUGAUACCAUGUUAAUGAGGAGGUUCUCAGACACUCCCAGCCACUUAAACUCAGGUUGGCAUCUUCAACGAAGAAACCGUAGGCACAGUGACACUGAAACAAUGAAUGUUAUUCCAUGCAGCGGCCUGAUUUUUCAUCCUCCAGAGCUCCCUGAAGACACAUUAAUGGAGGAGGCUCACACAGACGCUCUGACUGACUUGCGGUUCACUUUGGCUUUCGUCCAGUGUGUCAUGGAAUUGGCGUCCUCUAAGGACCCGGGGCUCGAGCCCAUCAGCAGUCCCGACGUUUCCUUCCUGGAUCAGAGCUUGGUGGCUGAUCAGAUCAGCCUUCUAAGUAGAGAAUGGAGCUAUGCAGAGCAAUUGGUGCUGUACAUGAAGGCUGAAGAGUUUCUGUCAUCAGCUCUGCGCAGCGCUAAAGAAAAUAUCAAGAAAGGCGAGCUGUUUCCAUCUACUACAGUCAAACAAGUAAUCAGGAAGCUGAAUGAAUUGUACAAGAACUGUGUGACCUACUGUCGCUCCCUCAGCGAUCAGCUGCAGACCUUCUUGCUUAACAAGCAGAAACUUAUGGACAACUUCAAUGCACUCACAGCAGAGAAGCUCAUCUACAACCACACUGUGCACAUGGUAAAGUCUGCUGCUUUAGAUGAGAUGUUCCACCAUGGCACCACAUCAGUGCAGCGCUACCAUAAAGCGCUUGUGCUCAUGGAGGGUCUGUCCCGAACCCUCAAGGAGCAAGAGGACAUUGAUGGCAUAGAAAAAUGUAAGCAAUGCAUUGAGCGGCGGCUCUCAGCUCUGCACACAAAGCAGUAUUUAUGAGCUCCACGACUGCAUCAAUAGCAACUGCAUUAUCUUGCCUCAUCCAUCUGCCAUCACUGUCUGCACUUUGAUCUCUCCUAAGGGAAACGACCACUGGAGCGUCUGCUCCUCUCAUUUCUUCACCCAAUCUGUAAUUGAAAGAUAAAUGCACAGUAAAGGUUUGAAAAGGCUGGAAGUUCUUGAAAAACAGGUUGGGUUAUGAAUGUUUAAAAGCUAUGAUCAGGUAAAUUGUUUUCAGUAUUUGUUUUGUUACAAACUGUACGUGUUAGUGUGUUUUGGUGUUUUGCACAUAGAAUGAUGAGCUAAAUUAAGAAAUGAUUGCAAGUGUUUAUACUUGAAGCAAAGAUUACUUUGUGGUUUUCUGUGUUGGAAACAUUUGUGUUAUGUGUCUGGUGAAUAAUCACCAGCCUGCGGGACUCUGAAGAGUUUGAAUGAGAUGACCAAAUAUUGCCAAUGUGUAGCAAUACUUGUGCCUGUUUUUUUCUGUCUUUGCAUUAUAACAGAAGAGUGAAUAUGAAUGUAUUGAAAGUAUGUUCUAACCUGAUACACAAUAAUUGCCUUACGACUGCCAGUCUUAUGGCCAUAUAGUGUGGAGUGCAAUAAGUAUUCUUUGACAUUUGAAUGAGAUUUUAGUUUUACACAUGAUCCAAAAAUCCCUCCCUUGGGUGGGCGAGACACUCAGCUAUGAGGUACUUCAAGUGACUUUUUCCUCUUACCGCAUUGCCACUGCCGUUCGUGUGUAUCUAUGCAUAUUUGGUUUUUUUCUUGUGUGUGUUAUACAUUUGGAGAUUUGCUGAUUUUGAAUUUAGAGAUGUACGUUUGCAUUCAAUCCAUGCGCAAACUGUGCAUGGCACUAGGUGAUUUUAACUAAUUGUUUGAAGUCUGUUUACCAAAUGCCUUUUGUAUUGUUUUAAGACUGCCUGUCAAAUGUUGCCAAGAUAAGUUGUUAUAUGGUGUUUGAUCAAAAUAAAUAUUUAUU